AUGUCAAAGCUUAGAGAUCUGGAUUUGAGUAUCAAUUGYAUUGCUUUUGUGGACAAUGGAGCCUUCAUUGAUUUGGUUUCAUUAAAAACGCUUUUAUUGUCAGAAAACAACCUCAACUCCUUGUCUGGUGACAUAUUUCAGGGUCUGUCCAACCUUACCAUGCUGGAUCUAAAUGAAAACAAUAUUCAGUUCAUUCAGACCUCAGCCCUUCACAACUGUCUGACCAAAGUUCCACCUGACAUAAGGAGCCUCACCUUCCUUCGUUUCUUGACUAUGAAAAACAAUCUUAUCUCUGAGAUGACCUGUGAGGAUUUUGUCAACACAACACAGCUUACGGAGCUUCACCUGAGCAGUAACCGUAUUCUCAAACUAGAAAAGUGUGUGUUUGAAAGCCUUACCAAACUAAAGCUUUUAGAUCUGAGUAACAAUCUAAUACUGACAUUCGGAGACACCUUCAAAUCAGGUGACAGAGCUUGA